AAGACACAAAAAGAAAGAGAGAGAGAGAGAGAUUGGUCAUAGAAAUUGCAGCCACACCCAUCAUUUCUUUUCUUGGAUUCAGAUUUUUGGAGCUCCAAAAAUCUUGCUCUCUCUUUCACUUCCUUCUUCUCUUAAUCAGUUAAUCCCAAAACAACACAGCUGAGACUGCACUUUGCACCGUACAGUUUCUUCUCCCUUGUGUUUCUAUUGUCUCUGCAGAUCUUUGCUGAAGACUCCAACUGUUUUAACCUUAUUCUUCUGUGGAGGUUGAGGAAAAAGGAGGUUUUUCUUCAUACCCAUGUGCAAAAUUUGUUUUUUGAGCUUUAUUGAUUGGUCCUGAUAAGGUUCUGCUGCUAAUUCGUUCUUCUGUGUGGUGUGUAUUGUGAGCUACUACUAUUGAAGCUGUGUGGUGAAAGGAUUUUUCAUUUUACAGAAGGAAGUGGUAUUGUAUUUAGGAUUCAAUCAAUCUUGUUUCCUUUUUUGUUUGGAGUUUUUUCUUUGGGUUCCUUAUGGCUGUUGAGGAAUCUGAGCCUGUGAUUCCUGAACUAGAAAGAGAAGAGAAUUUGAUAGCUGCAGCAAGACAUAUUGUGAAGGCAUUAGGAUCAAACAAGAACCUUACCACUGAUGCCAAGAAGAUUCUGGCUGAUCUUGGCUCCAAGUUGUCAUCCAUGAGCAUUCCUAGUGAGAUGGAGGAGGGGAAGGAAGGGGAGGAGGAUGAGGAGGAAGAGGAAGAGGAGGAGGAAGGUGGUGUGAAUGCUACUGAGGAUCGGAUCAAUGUGAUUCAGGAGAAAAUCAUGAGAUGGGAGGAAGAUCAGUCUAUGAUUUGGGAUUUAGGGCCCGAAGAAGCAUCUGAGUAUUUGAAUGCGGCUAAUGAAGCUCGCCGUUUGAUUGAGAAGUUGGAGAGUUUCAAUUUGAGUAAAGAUGACCAAGAGUAUAAGCUUUUGCAGAGGGCUUAUAGUGUUCUUCAAACAGCUAUGGCACGCCUCGAGGAAGAGUUCAGGAACUUGCUUAUCCAGAACAGGCAACCUUUUGAACCUGAAUAUGUGUCUUUUCGAUCGAGCGAAGAAGAUCCUGUUGAUGAGAACUCUAUCGUCUCCUUGGGUGAUGAAUCAGUUGAGGAAUCACUUCAAAGAGAUAGUGUCAGCAGAGCUGCAGAGGAGCACAUAAUUGAUUUAGUCCAUCCGGGUGUGAUCCCGGAUCUCAGGUGCAUUGCAAAUCUAUUGUUUGCUUCUAAUUAUGUCCAAGAAUGUUCUCAUGCUUAUACAAUUGUCAGAAGGGAUGCUUUAGAUGAGUGCCUCUUCAUUCUUGAAAUGGAAAGGUUAAGUAUUGAAGAUGUCUUGAAGAUGGAAUGGGGCACUUUGAAUUCAAAAAUCAAGAGAUGGAUUUGGGCUUUGAAAAUCUUUGUUAGGGUGUAUCUUGCAAGUGAGAGGUGGCUCAGCGACCAGAUUUUCGGCGAAGGUGAACCUGUUAGCAUUGCUUGUUUUGUUGAUGCAUCCAAGGCUUCAAUACUGCAGCUUCUGAAUUUUGGUGAAGCCAUGUCUAUUGGUCCUCACAAACCUGAGAAACUUUUUCGCAUUCUCGACAUGUAUGAGGUUCUGGCAGACCUUAUGCCAGACCUGGAUUCUUUGUACUUAGAUGAUGUUGGCUCUUCUGUUAGAAUUGAAUGCCAUGAGGUCUUGAAGAGACUUGGUGAUUGCGUGAGGGUGACAUUUAUUGAAUUUGAAAAUGCCAUUGCAGCAAAUGCAUCUACAAAUCCUUUCAUAGGUGGUGGAAUACAUCCUUUGACAAGAUAUGUCAUGAAUUAUCUGAGGACUCUCACUGAUUACAGUGAAUCACUUAAUCUGCUUCUGAAGGAUCGAGACGAAGAGGAUGCCAUUUCCCUGUCACCUGAUAUGAGUCCAGGUACAGAAGAAGAUAGCAAAAGCCCGGGUUCUCCGAGUGGAGUCUCCUCAAUGACCCUCCACUUCCGAUCGGUUGCAUCGGUCUUGGAAAGUAACCUUGAGGAGAAGUCUUUGUUGUAUAAAGAGGUUCCAUUGCAGCAUUUGUUCUUAAUGAACAACCUACAUUACAUGGCUGAAAAAGUUAAGGGGUCUGAACUUCGGCUCAUAUAUGGAGACGAAUGGAUUCGAAAGCGCAACUGGAAGUUUCAGCAGCAUGCAAUGAAAUAUGAGAGAGCUAGUUGGAGUUCCAUUCUCAACUUGCUUAAGGAUGAAGGGAUUCAUGUUCCUGGGACAACCUCCAUCUCAAAAACUCUUCUUAGGGAGAGGCUGAGGAGCUUCUACCUCGGCUUUGAGGAUGUUUACAGGAUCCAAACAGCUUGGCUUAUCCCGGAUGUUCAGCUUCGCGAGGAUUUGCGAAUUUCGAUAUCACUCAAGGUAAUCCAAGCUUAUAGGACAUUUUUUGGAAGGCAUAAUUGUCACCUAAAUGACAAGUACAUCAAAUACAAUGCUGAUGAUUUAGAAAAUUACCUUCUGGAUUUCUUUGAGGGAUCUCAAAAAUGUUUGCAAAAUCCACAUAGGAGGUGAUAUAAGAUAGCCCUUAGAAUAAUCCUGUUCUCUAACAGAGGCUUGUAUGUAUUCACAAACAGGUUUGGGUCUCCAUGCCUAAACCUUUUUGUUCCAAUUAGUGUGCAUUGUAUGUAUUCAAUCAAUAUGAUUGGAAAAGUUUGAGUUAUGCUUCUUUCUGGCAUUGUAUUCUUUAGAUUAAUCAGAUUUGAUUGAAAUAGAAGUAAUAACAUAUUUUGUGUAUUUUUUCA